ACAGACUUUUCCCUCUCCUUUAUAAUCGUUUACCUGUCUAAGGACUGUGAUCUCAGCUCACUGCAGACUGUCACGCAAAUCGACCUAUAGUCAUCCAUUAACCUAUCAAGUAAGGCAAUCUGAAAAGUCUCGGCACAUCUUCCCGCAAGGACCCGGACUGGACUGUUGAACUGGAAAGCUCCAAUUCAAGGCGUGACAACUGCCCUUCGUCCAGCACUCCCCCACCGGUCGCCUACUCAUUUAAAGGGUGCGUCCCCUCGGGUGCCACCUGGUAAAAUCCGCGCCGAGCGCUCUCCGUGGAUUCGCAGGACGUGGCUGGAGGCUCCAGUUCUCACCUGCCUGGGUGUCCCCGGCGCCUUGGCGAUCCCGGCCACCCCGCCCAGGCCCGCACCUGGAGAGCGAGCGCCCAGCCCCAGACCUCGGUUUUCGGGGCCCGGCUCGCAGCCGCGGGCGCAGGGACAACCGCCAGCCCGCGCCCCCACUCCCACUUUGGCGGGGCGCUCAGGGUCGGCGGGAAGGGACACUUUGGGGACGGACGCCUGGGGGACGACGCCUGCAGUCCCCGCAGGGCGCCACUCCCGCCGGGAAUAAGAAGCGAGCGCCGAGGCCACCGCGCCCGGCUCGGGCUGCGCGCCGCGGGCCAUGGACGCGCCGCGGGAAAUCGGCACCUUCGUGGUGUGGGACUACUUGGUGUUCGCCGGCAUGCUGCUCAUCUCGGCCGUCAUCGGCAUCUACUACGCCUUCGCGGGGGGCGGCCAGCAGACCUCCAAGGACUUCCUGAUGGGCGGCCGCAGCAUGACCGCGGUGCCCGUGGCGCUGUCCCUCGCCGCCAGCUUCAUGUCGGCGAUCACCGUCCUGGGCACCCCCUCCGAGGUCUACCGCUUCGGGGCCAUAUACAGCAUCUUUGCCUUCACUUACUUCUUUGUGAUCGUCAUCACCGCGGAGGUCUUCCUCCCGGUGUUCUACAAACUGGGAAUUACCAGCACCUACGAGUACUUAGAACUUCGAUUUAACAGAUACGUUCGUCUCUGUGGAACAGUCCUCUUCAUUGUUCAAACAAUUCUGUAUACUGGAAUUGUUAUUUAUGCCCCUGCACUGGCUUUGAAUCAAGUCACAGGAUUUGAUCUGUGGGGUGCAGUAGUGGCAACUGGGGUGGUCUGCACAUUCUACUGCACACUGGGUGGUCUUAAAGCAGUUAUCUGGACGGACGUUUUUCAAGUUGGAAUCAUGGUGGCUGGAUUUGCGACUGUGAUUAUACGGGCUGCGGUGGUUCAAGGUGGAAUCAACGUUAUUUUAAGUGAUGCCUAUAACGGCGGAAGAUUAAACUUCUGGAAUUUUAAUCCUAAUCCUUUACAAAGACACACAUUCUGGACAGUUGUUAUAGGAGGUGUGUUCACGUGGACCAGCAUCUAUGGUAUCAACCAAUCCCAAGUGCAGAGAUAUAUUUCCUGUAAAAGCAGAUUCCAGGCAAAAAUGUCUCUCUACAUCAACCUCGUGGGACUCUGGGUAAUCCUCACCUGCUCAGUGUUUUGUGGGCUCGCCCUUUAUUCCAGGUACAAAGACUGUGAUCCUUGGACAACCAAGAAAGUGUCUGCAGUAGACCAGCUCAUGCCUUAUUUGGUACUGGACAUUCUGCAAGAUUAUCCAGGACUUCCUGGGCUUUUCGUGGCCUGUGCUUAUAGUGGAACAUUAAGCACAGUGUCCUCCAGUAUUAAUGCCUUAGCAGCGGUCACUGUGGAAGAUCUAAUAAAACCUCGCUUCAGAUCACUCUCAGAAAGAUCUCUGUCCUGGAUUUCCCAAGGAUUGAGUGUGUUGUACGGAGUCCUGUGUAUCGGAAUGGCUGCGCUGGCAUCGACAAUGGGAACUUUGUUACAGGCAUCACUCAGCAUAUUUGGCAUGGUUGGUGGACCACUUCUGGGCGUGUUUGCUUUGGGCAUUUUGGUUCCCUUUGCCAACUCCAUUGGAACAUUUGUCGGGCUGAUUGCUGGAUUUGCCAUUUCUUUAUGGGUUGGAAUUGGAGCUCAACUUUACCCUCCACUUCCUGAGAGAACGAUGCCCUUACACCUUGAAACCUAUGGCUGCAACAGCUCAUACAACGGGAUGAAUUUGACGACAGCCACAGAAAUGCCAUUUUCUACUAGUGCGUUUCAAAUCCACAAUGUUGAAAGGACUCCACUGAUGGAUAACUGGUAUUCUUUAUCAUACCUGUACUUCAGCGCUAUUGGAACCUUGGUAACAUUGUUUGUGGGGAUGCUUCUCAGUUUAUCAACAGGAGGAAGAAAACAGAACUUAGACAGCAGAUUCAUACUAACCAAAGAAGACUUUUUAUCCAAUUUUGAUAUUUUUAAGAAAAAGAAGCAUGUUUUAAGCUAUAAAUCUCAUCCAAUGGAAGAUGGUGGAACUGACAAUCCUGCUUUCAACCAUAUUGAACUGAACUUCGCCGAUCACAAUGGCAAGAUCAAUGGGACUCGUUUGUGAAGCAGCUUUGAUACUACCUGGUCUUAAACAGUGUGUCAAUUUUAUGUAUUUUCUAAGAUAAUUGGAUCAGGCUUAGUUUUUUUGGUUUUUGUCUUUUUGAUUUUUUUUUUUUUUAUUCUAUCAUGAGUAUUUUGGGGGAUAAAUUUUUGUUAAAACAAAGUUCUGACUUUCUUUACUUUCUACACUCAUUAAUUUAUGAGUUUCAGCACAGGCAUUUCCCUCUCUCUUAUUUUAAUGAAGCCUUAGUUACAAAAGUUAUGAUUCAUGUAUGCUGAAAAGCCAAUAUGCACAUAUGCACAUGUAAUUGAUGGUAAAAGGCAU